UGAGCUUCAUCCGUCUCUCUGCCUUGCCUCUGCGGUCUAUCACGGUUUGGUUCAGGCUCACGCUGAUCUCUGUCAUCUGCAUCGAGCAACAAGCAGCACUCACAAACGUCGCCUGCGACAGAAGCUGCUGCGGCAGGCUCUGCAGAGCUGGAGAGACCUGCCUCCACCUGGAGCCUCCUACAGUGCUCAGAUACAGAAGGAUUUGUUUUCAGAUGUGUUUUUCGAGGACCCCUUCCUGCUCCAGAAUGUGGGACUGACUUUAGUGAGAUCUGCAGAGGAGAGAGAGAUGAUGCAGGGUCAAGAGAAACAGGCGUACGCUGUGGAAACUUUCUCCAAGCUGUUGGAGCUCGUCACAAUCCGCCAUCGUCUGCUGGAGUCGGCGUCAGAGACGGCAAACCUGGCACAGUUGUACAGAAACGUGGCUUCAGAGCUCGGCUUCGAUGAAUUCCACCUUUACCUCAGGCCGCUGCAGUUUGAGGUCGCUGAGCAGAAGCACAAAACAGAGCAGAGUCCAGUUUUCAUCACAGCCAUACUGGAGGAUGACAGCUGUGUGGACAGGUUCAUCCCGUCACACCUGCCUCUGAGCAUCCAGGAACUGGACGAGAACCAGAUCGGGAGGUUCAGCUUCAGCUCCGAGGAGUCAGUCACUCACCUUCUGAACAGACACAGUUUAGAAAACCUGCAGGUGACUCUGGCCUGUCAGGUCACACAGAAGAACGCUCUGAUGAGUGCAGUGAAGCUGGUUUGUCUUUGUCACUGGGCAGAAAGUGAAACGUCUCCAGCUGAGAGUGAAAGAGUUGAUGUUCUUUCUGAUAAAAAUGUGAAAUUUGACUCCAAACCUGGAAGCAACAUGAAGAACUCCUCACCCUCUAAAGGCUCAGGCAGAAGUCCGGCCACAUUGAAAAAGAGGCUGAUGGAAGCCUUUGUGUCCAUCCAGCUGGAAAAAUGUGGCCUGCGUGACGAGAUGCUGAACUCAUUUAUGGAGAAGAAACGAGCCACGGGGGGUCUCAUAAAAACUCCUGAGGAAGCUGCAAAGAUCAAACGGAGGCUCAUAAUCGACUUCCUCAAUAAAUUCAGCAAGCAGAUAUCUCAGUAUUGUGUGAGAGCACAGAUUGUUGCAUAUUACUCCAGUCUGAGCUCAGUUUUAGAGGAUGUCCCGUCUGUUCGUCAGUCCCACUUCAUGAUUGGGCAAGCAAGCGAUCCCGGAGACCCUUGCUCUGAUCCUAGGACCUCUCAGUGUCAGCAGCAGCUCUUGUCUGCAGACGGCAAAACUCUCCAAAACUUGUGGUUUGUCCCUCACUUCUCUGAAGUCCUGCACAUGUUCAAAACACUUCAUGUAACGGCCUGUGCUGCAGCUCUCCAUCACACGCUGCAGCUAGCGUCAGCUCUUCAUGACAUCAUGUAUUACCUGGUUAGUUUCUCCAGACUGGGAAACAUAGAUGAGUCGUUCAGCUGCAGGAGAGGAGAGGAAGCAGCGGGCUCUCUUUCAGCUGACUGGGGAGGAGCUGAAGGCAUUGGAGCAGAGCUGCAGGAGCUCCAGCAUCAGGUCAGCUGUCUGUCUGAUCCCAGCAGUCCGCAGUCUGUCAGCCGUGUGCUGCAGCUGCGCAGGAACGUCCUCCUGCUGCAGUUUGAUACGGCUGUGAGACACCUCAUCAGGGAGAUAUUCCUCUCCUCUGGCGACGUUGCUUCUUAUCAGAGUGUCAACGACAACAUGGUGACUGCCCUCUCUCUGCUGAGCAACAGCAUCCAGUCCCACCUGAUCAGUCUCACGCUGCCUGUCCCCCCUCCUCUGCAGACCCCAGGCUGUCAGGCACAGAAGAUGUAUCCCUGGAGAAGUUUCCUGGCCUGUCAUGGAUUGUUCCCUCUGCAUGUUUGCGACGUUCCUCCCAUCGAAUACUGCAUGCAGCUGUGUCUGAGCGGUCUGAGUGAUCGCAGCAGACUGCAGGCCAACGCAGCGAUCCUUGGCGUGUCUCUGCUCCUGGAGGACGUCCUGAACAGCGGACGAGAGGCAGGGCCGGUUCGUCUCCGUGGCAACAAGGAAGACCUUCUGCACAAUGGAAAACGAGAAGAAGAGGAUAAACUCUGCACGGAAACUGAAGAAGAAGAAGAAGAAGAAGAAAAGGCUUCUGUGUCGGAGUCCCCUCCUCUUCUGCAGGAUCCGAUCCGGGUCCAGUCCGUGUUGAGAGGUUUCCUCCUGCUGAUGAAGCAGCUGCAGGUGUUUAAGGAGAGCUGGGCUCGGACACACCUGGGUGUUCAAGUGUUCACGAUGCCCAGUUUGUAUCAACAGUUUGUUAAACUCUACAGAGCAGAAAUCUUUUACCCCAGUAUGAGAGCUCUGGCUCGACACAUGGGGAAAGAGCAGGACUACGAGGUGUUACUUUCUGGCAGCCAGUCGCUCCUGCCUCCACCUGGAGCUUCAGAGGUAGAUGUGAAAACCUGGCAGCUCCACAAGCUGCUGGAGAGCACCGAGUGUGACAUGAUCCGAGCGGUGCAGAGGAGGAUCAGCAGAGAGACGACUCUGGUGAUUUCAGAGAGAACUCGACACGACACAAGACUCCCCACCGAUCUUUGGAAGACUUCCUCUGUGAAGUACAGUUUCUCUUCUGAGCGUCCGCAGAUGGUGGAAACGUUCAUCCAGCAGCUCAUGGAGGGAGCGGAAGAAGCUGAGGGAAAGCUGCGUGUCUCUCAGGAUCGCCUCCAGCAGAGUCUCACUCAGCUCAGCUGCUCUGUGGUGGAGCGAGAGCGUCGCAGCUUCCUGCUUCACUCACAGUUUUAUGAACAGAUCCUCCGGCGGGAGACUCAGCUGCUGUAUCACACAGAACAGGAUUUAAAGCAUCUUCAGACCUCUCAGUCCAGCAGCUCUCAAAAAGAGGUGUCCGAUGAGUGUCGUGGGCUGAUGUUGGAGGUCUCGGCGCUGCAGGCUCAGGUCGCUCACCUGGAGGAGGAGAAAAGAGCUCAAGAGGAGAGACUCAGUCUGAAAUUCAGAGAACGAUACGAACCUCUGGUGCGACAUCUCUGCUCCACCUGCAUCCAGCUACAGGGCAGACUUGAUGAGCAGCGGCUGCAGAUGAAGCUGGAUGUGAGCGAGAUGGUGAGCAGAAUAAGAGGCGAGGGAGCGGACCGAAUGAUCAAGCUGAAGAAAAAGUACGGCUGCACUAAAGACAACGAUGGACUCAAGCUCACAAAGUCACAGAAAGAAGAAGUGGAUGAGUUGCAGCAGGAGAACAGGCGGCUGAGCGUCCUGAUCUGUAAACUGAAGACGUUGAGCCGCUGGAGGAAGCUGGUCGACCAGGAGAAACUUCACCGACAGCUGCUUCAAGCUCAGCAGAGGGAGAUCACCAGUCGCUGCGAGGCGCUCAGAGUGAAGAUGACUGCAGAGGAGGAGGUGGUUCUCCUGCAGGAGGAGCUGGAGGCAGCAAGGAGAGAGUUGAGCCGCAGUCAGACCGAGUGCAGCCGCACCAAGAACCUGCUGGACAGGAAGACAGAGGAGCUGCGUGUGGCCCGGCAUCAGUCUGCUCAGGAGGCCCGCGGCCGGCAGGAGCUGGACAGUUAUCGUGUGCAGAGUCUGGAACAAAUGAAAGCUGACGUGGAGGACAGAGAGAGACAGCUCAGAGCGCUCAGCGAGCAGCUGGACCGAGGCAGCAGGAUGAACCAGAUACACAGACAACGCAGUGCCAAAGAGAUCCAACAGGUGAGGGGGAAGCUGCAACAGGAGCGCAGCUUCAAACAAGAAGCCUUUCAACAGGUGGACAGACUGCAGAACCAGGUGAACGACAUGGGAGCAGCUCUCAGUAGAAGCACCUCCAGCACAGGGCAGAGCAGGACUUAUUACACGCUGUCGGUCAGCAGAUUGAGUGCUACGAGUCCCUCAGCAGGUUUACACCGGGCCGCUCAGCAGUCCGCUCUGCAGCUUGGCAGCCUCACAGACGACGCCACGCUUCAGGACUUGGCUGCGGAGCAACGACAGCAGAGAGGAGAAACAGCCGGGAGCCGUUCACACGCAAGAAUCGAGCGACCUAAAGCCGGUCCGACUCGCCUGCGUGUCCUGACUGCUGAGACGUCCGUACCAGACCUUUGAGAUCUACCCCGGGUUUCUUUUUCUAAAGCUUGUUAAUAAACAAGUUAGCUGCUGUUUGACAUGCAGAGCACUCAGGCUUUUCUGUGCUAGCAGCUGAAUGUUAACUGAUCCCAAGAUUUACUUUGGCUUUGGCAGUUAUUUUCACACAUGCACUACUGGAAUUGUUUUUUUUUUGUAUGUCUUGAGUUUCUUAUUCACACGUGACCCUCACAGCGUUAAGGUUUCCCCCGUCGGACAGAAAGACGGGGUAUGUCCCAGGAGGCAAGACAUUGAGUUAAAAAACAAUCUUUUAAAGGCGCUGCAAAAAUCCAAGAUGGCGACGAAGAAAAAGAGUGAAAGAUCAAAGAGUGUGAAAAUCCGUUCACACAUGCAGGCCAGCUCAAAACUUUGGGGACAUUUUCUGAAGUUUUGUACAUGUGUGAGC